AUGGCGUAUGCUGUGAGUUUAGUAAGUCAGUUCAUGCACGAUCCAAAACAAGACCAUAUGGAGGCAGCAUUGAGAAUUGUUCGAUAUCUGAAUGGAACAGCUGGGAUGGGCAUGUUGUUCAAGAAGAAUGGUCAUCUCAGUAUCAGUGGAUAUAUGGAUGCUGAUUGGGCAGGAGACCGUGCCGACAGACGAUCCAUUUCAGGAUAUUUUACCUUCGUUGGAGGUAACUUGGUGACAUGGAAAAGUAAGAAGCAAAAGGUGGUGGCACUGUCCAGUGCUAAAGCAGAAUUUAGAGGAAUAGCAAAAGGACUUGCAGAGCUACUAUGGAUCAGAAAGUUGAUGUUUGAGCUUGGAUUUCCAUAA